AUGUUGGCUUUGUCGGCUCUUCCUAGUCCAGUCGCGGCCGACAACAAGACCCAACCCUGGACCUGGACCACGCUUAAUGCGACACUGCAGGGUCGAUUGCAUACCGCUAGUCCUCUGGCACGACCCUGUUUCAGCAGGUAUAAUGGUCAACCAAUCCUCCCCGAGCCUAGCCAGUGUUCGGAGUUGCAAGCCCACUACACCUCGUCGGCGUAUCGCACCGAGUUCUACAGCGGCUUCAUGCACGACCAGAACGAGAUCUGUGCUGCCUCAACCCAUGCGAAUGCCAGCCAGUGUCUGCUGGAUCCCUCCGAUCCGACCGAUCCGACCGCCGUGAGCGCCCACGAGUGCGGUCAGGGCAGCGUGUCGCGCUUCUACAUCCCUGUCACCGAAGCCGCCGAUGUCCAGGCCGCGUUCGCCUUCUCCCGCCACACCGGGGUGGCGCUAAGCGUCAAGAACAGCGGCCACGACUACAGCAGCCGCAGUAGUCUGCGAGGAUCCCUCGCCCUGUGGACGCGUCCGUUGCAGAAGCUGGAAUUCCACCCCGCCUUUGUCCCCGAAGGCUGCCCCUCGUCCGCAGCGGCCGCCGCCAUCACGGCGGGGGCGGGCAUCAACUUCGACCAGGUCUACCGCUUCGCCCACGACCACAACGUGACCGUCCUCGGGGGCUCGUCCCCCACCGUGGGCGCAUCCGGGGGGUUCAUCAUGGCCGGCGGGCACGGGCUGCUCUCCGCGCAGCUCGGACUGGGGAUCGACCGCGUGCUGGAGUUCAAGCUUGUCACGCCCGACGGGGUACUCCGCCGGGCCAACGCGUGCCAGAACCGCGAUCUCUUCUGGGCCCUGCGCGGCGGAGGGGGAGGGAGCUUUGGGCUGGUGUUGGAGUCGACCAGUCGCGUCGAGCCGCGCCUGCCCAUUGUCUUCGCGUAUCUCACCGUGCCUGCCAACGCGACACAGCUGGACGGCUUCACGACGCUGCUGAUGCAACAUGCGGUGCGCUGGGCGCAGGACGGCUGGAGCGGGCCCAACGGGAUGGACUAUAUCGCCAUGGCCAACCCGGUCCUCGACCUGGCGGCGGCGCGGGCCUCGCUGGCGAAGGCGAUUGCGUAUGUGAAUGCGCAGCCCGGGGGACAGGUGGUGGUGGCCGAGUACCCGGAUUUCCUGUCCGUCUACGAGGCAUUCAUCCUGCCUGCGGCGAAUGAGGGCAUCGGCGAGGCCACCUUCGCCACCAACCGGUUGAUCCCAACCGCGAUGUUGCAGGAUGCCGCCGGCCAGCAGCGCAUUCUGGAGACCUUGAAUCAGUUGAUUGCCGAGGGGUAUACGCCCACGCUCUUCGCGACUCCGCCGUCGGCCAUCCAUCCCCCUUAUGUGCCUGGGUCGACCUCGGCUACGCCGGCCUGGAGGGACAGUACGUGGAUGAUUUCCACCGAAGCAUCCUGGCAGUGGAACAGCACGGUGGCGGAGAAACGGGCCUUUGUGCAGCGGUUCAAAGCUGUCACCCGACGCCUGGAGGCGCUCGCGCCGGGGAGUGGCGCCUAUUUCAGUGAGGCAGACGCGUUCACGGAAGACUGGCAGACGGCCUGGUGGGGGACCGAGAAUUAUGCCCGGCUGCUCCGGAUCAAGAACCAGUACGAUCCAGAGACGCUGUUACGGUGUUGGCGCUGCGUGGGCUGGCGUGAGGAGUGGGAGCAGCCGGGGGGUCAAUUCGAGUGUCUGGGGGGACUGGACGUCUGA